AUGGCAUUUAAUAAUAAAUCAUUUAAUAAAAAAGCUGCUGGCCGUCCGCGGGCCAGAGUGCUGCGCAGCUCCUCGACUUCUUCGUCUGUGGGCUUCAUAGACGUGGCUUACGCAGACUCUGCAGCAGCAGCAGCAGAGGCGGAAGCAGCAGCAGCAGCAGCAGCAGCAGCAGUGGCGGACGCGGACUGCAGCUUCGAAAUUGACCUCUUCGACGGGGUAGAGGGCCCCCACGAGGGGCCCCCAGCAGCAGGGGGCCCCCUGGGGGCCCCCAGCAGCAGCAGCAGCAGCAGCAGACCAGCUCUGGCUUUUCGUUUUGCUCUGAGGGAUAUUUUCUGGGGCAGCCCGGCGGGGUGUGGGGAGGCUAAGCUGAGCAGCAGCAGCAGCAGCUGCUGCUGCUGCUGCAGCAGCAGCACGGACUGCAGCAGCACCAGCAGCGCGCUGCCGCCGCAGCAGGACACGCCGGGCGAGGGGCCCAGGGGGGGCCCCCUGUGCAGCACUUCCCGGUUUGCUGCUGCUGCUGCUGCUGCUGCUGCUGCUGCUGCUGCGCAGCCCAAGGUCGAGGAGCAGCGGCUGCUGCCGUGGGUGCGCUCCCCCUGGCGCUGGCUGUGGGCUGCUGCUGUGCUGCUGCUGCUGCUGAACUUUGCUGCUGCUGCUCUCAGCCAGCUGGCCUUCAGCAGCUUGCUGAGCUUCGAGGCUGCUGGGCGUGGCGCAGCAGCAGCAGCAGCAGCAGAGCCCUGCAGCGGGGACUCGUGUGGGGUUGAGGCCCCACAGCAGCAGCAGCAGCAGCAGCAGCAGCAGCAGCUGCCGGCCCAAAUUGCAUGUGACGUCUUGUGCGGGCUGCUGCUGCUGGGCAGCUGCCUCCGCUGGCUGCUGCUGCAGCGGAAGCUGCGAGCAGCAGUGCUGCUGCGCUUUGUGGGGUGUCUCUUGAUGGGUUUGCUGCUGCGGCUGCUGCUGGGUUCGGCCCUGCUUCAGGUGUACAGACAGCAGGGGCUGUGGGGCAGCAGCAGCAGCAGCAGCAGCAGCAGCAGCGCGGAGGGCGGGAGAGUUGAGUUCAGUGUGCGGCUGCUGCUGGGACUCUCUUUGCCAGCAGCAGAAACAGCAGCAGCAGCAGCAGCAGCAGCAGCAGCUCCCAGUUACGGGCGUUUGCUGCUGUCGCAGCUGUUUGUGUUCUGGUGUAUGUACACCUGGGCAGCGCCGCUGCUGCUGCUGCUGCCAGGGGCUGUGUUUGUUUCGAUUUGUGUCUGUGGGGUGUUGGCAGCAAAUAUGAUGCUUUUCGACUGUCUUCUUUCUCUUCUUGUUGCAGCAGUUUGCUGCUGCUGCUACCAUUUGCUGCUGGACGCAGCAGCAAGAAGCCUUCACCGGCGGCUGCGCGCUGAGCUGCGCACGAAGGAGUUCCUGCUGCAGCAGGAGCAGCAGCAGGAGCAGCAGCAGCAAAUCGUGGUGCUGCAGCACCGGACGAAGCAGAAGCACAAGCACAAGCAGUACGUCCCUGCUGCUGCUGCUGCUGCUGCUGCUGCUGCUGCUGCUGCUGCUGCUGGCGGCCUCCCUGGGGGCUUCUUUGCAAGUCCUUUUUGCUUCUUCUUUUCAAACUUUGUUUGCCGAUUGGAGCUGCUGGAGGAAAGAGUGCGGCAUUCGCUGCGGGGCAGCGGGCUGCCUGUGGCGCUGCAGCGCAGCAGCAGCAGCAGCAGCAGCAGCAGCAGCAGCAGCAGCAGCAGCAGCGCAGCACGGCGGCGGGACACGGCGGAGGUGGAGCUGCAGCACCUGGAGGAGGGCAGCGGGCUGCCAGUGGCCACGCGGCUGGGCUCGGCCGAAGCAGAAGCAGCAGCAGCAGCAGCAGCAGCAGCAGCAGCAGCAGCAGCAGCAGCGGGGGAGGAGCAGCAGCCCGCCGUGGACGACUUGUUUCUGUGGCAGGCCAUUUGUGAGUGCUGCUUCCCCCAGGGGCCGCGCAGCAGCAGAAUUCCAGCAGCAGCAAAAAGCACUUUGAGCUGCAUGGGAGGGAAGGGGGCAGCAGCAGGAGGCUCGGCAGCAGCAGCAGCAGCAGCAGCAGCAGAGCCGUAG